AUGGCGGCCCUUGCCCGCCGGCUGGAGCGCCUGCUCUGGCCACGUGUGCGGGCGCUUCGCCUGGCUUUCUGGAGCGCAGACGCACGCCCGCGCUCGCUCUGGCCCCGCGGCGAACCAGGAGGCUCUACCGCGGUGGUGUUACUCGUCUACCUGGCACACUGCGGUGACUCUCGCGCGGUGCUGAGCCGCGCUGGAGCUGUGGCCUUCAGCACCGAGGGCCAUCGACCCCUCCGGCUCCGGGAACGCAAGCGUAUCCGUGCGCUUCUCUGCGCGCAGCUGUUGGACACGUGCCUGUGCAAGGUCCUGGGAGCGUGGGGCCCCGUGCUGGGGCAUUCAAUCAGGUCCCACUACAGUAUACACUCGUUUCUCCACCUUCUUCAGGGCAGGCUGGACAACAUGACCUGCAUCCUGGUCUGCUUCCCCGGGGGCCCCCAGGUUGCAAGGAGGAAGGAGCUUGAGCUGGAUGCAGCCCUGGGCCGCAGGGUCGCAGGGGCACUCCCAUAAUCCUUGCCGUGUUCCUCUGCCCAGAAGCCCCCCAGCCUGAACAAGGUGUUCAGGACUCUGGCCUCUGAGGACAUCCCGGAUUUACCUCCUGGGGGAGGGCUCUACUGCAUGGCCGCUGUCAUCGCUGAAGCUUAUUCUCAGCUCUUCCAGGCCUCAGGGCAGCGCUGGGAGAAGGCGAAGAACGGGGCUGGGAAGGCCACUGGCACCCAUCCAAGCUCUGCCUUGGACUUCAGGCCUGACAGCUGUCGUCCUUAG